CCGAUCUCAGCCAAUCAGCAGGCGGGGCGGCCGCGUCUGGCGGCCCUUUGUGGGCGCUGAGCGGCCCCGCCCCGGUCCCGCCCCCCCUCGGCGCAGGCGGUGCGGACGGCGGGCGGCCAGGACACCACGAUGUUCGCCCGCGGGCUGAAGAGGAAGAGCGCGGACGGCGAGGACAGCCCCCCGGCCCCGCCCUCCUACAGCCUGCAGCGCCAGUCGCUGCUGGACAUGUCGCUGGUCAAGCUGCAGCUGUGCCACAUGCUGGUGGAGCCCAACCUCUGCCGCUCGGUGCUCAUCGCCAACACGGUCCGGCAGCUGCAGGAGGAGAUGAGCCAGGACGGGACUUGGCGGGUGCCGGCGCCCCCGAGCGCGGGGCAGGGGCCGCUGGAGCGCCUCGUCUCCACCGAGAUCCUGUGUCGAACCCCCUGGGAGCAGCAGGGGGGGCACUCGGCUCCUGACUCGGGGGGCAGCCCUGCGCCAGACCUCCUGUCCGAACUGCCGGGGGCCGCGAGUGCGCAGGCGCCGAGGAGCGCCCCCAGCUGCGUGUGGGAGGCGGACAGCCCCCGGGAGGGCAGGGGCAGCUUCCAGAAGUCGCUGGACCAGAUAUUCGAGACCCUGGAGAGCAGAGCCCCCCGCGCGGGGGAAGGGCUGUUUGCGGACGUGGACGGUCCCUACUACGACCUGGACGCCGUGCUGACGGGCAUGGUGGGCGCCAAGUCCGUCCCUGGCGACGGGUUCGAGACCUUGGCCUCCGCGGGCGCCCCGCCCCCUGGCUCCAGCUGCAAGCGGGACCUGGGCGAGCUGGACCACGUGGUGGAGAUCCUGGUGGAGACCUGAGCCUGUGCCCUGCCGCCCGCACACGGCCCGGCCCCGCCUGCCCACGGGCAGCCCGCUGCCUGACCACAGGACACCCGGAGUGGCCCCGGCCGCCGCCGCUCGCCCUCCGGCCGGGCUGGGCCGCACUCAGCCGGCGGCUCCCUGAGGACCGGCCACCAGCGGACAGCGCCUGCCUCUCCUGGUGAAGUUUCAAAGAUUGAGUUUUAUACGUUUUGGGCAACAUUUUGGCUUAAGAUAUAUUUUGUAAACUUUUUAUUAUCUCUAGACUUUCUCGGCUAUUUUCUGAAAAGUAUAUUUUUUCUAUGAACGUCCUCUGCUGCUAAUAGACCGUCUGUGACCCGAGCACCUGCAGUUGGUGUGUUUACUUCCCAAGGUCAGUUCUUUCUUACGAGUGUCGCUCCCUCCCGAGUCGGGCUUCCCUGUAAACUCACGUGAUCCGCCCCACGUGCUGCCACGGCCCUGAGGCCACUCAUCUGCUGAGGGAGCCAGCCCACCUUCCAGCUGGGUGGGAAGUGUACAAUCUGUAGGGUUUAAUGGAUGCCUAUCCUACAUCCUACAUGAUAAAAGGCUAAUAUGCAAAUUGACCGAAUGGCGGACCAUGGGUCGCUAUGCCACGCACUGACGACCACGGGGGAGACCUCGGCGCAGGAGCUGCCCCCUGGUGGUCAGUGCGCUCCCACAGGGAGGGCUCCGCUCAGCCAGAAGCCGGGCUCACGGCUGGCGAGGGAGCCUCUCCUGGCUCCGAGGCAGCGCUAAGGACCCCUCGGGGGAUGUCUGACUGCCGGCUUAGGCUCAGGGUCACUCCCUGCCGGCAGGCGGACGUCCCCCGAGGGGUCCCGGACUGCGAGAGGGCACAGGCCGGGCUGAGGGACCCCCCACCCCCAGUGCACGAAUGUCACGCACCGGGCCUCCAGUUUAUAUAUAAAUGCUCUUGGGGGCAAAGGUCAGAUUGCUGUCUGGCCCUCGUGGAUCUUCAGACACCUAAGGGGUCUCUGGUGCCCCCGAGGACCCAGCGCCGGCCUCGGCACAACGGCCUGUGCACACGCUUGCUGUUGGCGGGCUGGGCCGUGCCUGCGCCUGCUCGUACUGCUGGGACCCGCUGUCAAGGUCAGUGUACAUCUCGGGUUAAAGCAGCGUGGACGGGUCAUCGAUGCCCCUCGGUCUUGAGGGUGUGGGCGGGGGGUUGGCGGGGUGCCUGCCCCUCCUCCUCUUUCUCUCCAGCUCGCAAGGCGCUGCCCUCCCCACCAUCUUCUGGGCACGGGAUGAUUUCGUGUCAGUGCUGUCGCCGCGCUUGAUCCAAGAUGACUCAGUGAAGUGGGGACGCGCAGUGUCCACCGGCCCUCCGGAGGGCGUCUGCUGGCUCGGCUCCGGUGCCCGUGGGCGGGAGGAAUGUCACUGGAUGUUCAGGGGCAGUGGGACCGCCUGGGCCAAGGACGCGGUCGCUCCCUUCAGGCUUUGAAAUCCUCCCUCUCGGGGGACAGUGGUUCCAAGUGUGUGUCUUGGAAGCAGUAAACCAGCCUUCUGUGUCUGCCGGCAUUUCUGCCUUUUAACUGGAUCCCGAUUAGAAGUAGCUGCGGGUCUAUCUUGCCGGCCUUCAAAGUGAAGACUCCCAGAGUGACAGGGAGCCCGGCAGGCUCGGCUUCUGGCUUGGGCUCUGGGGUCCCAAUUUCUGGGUUCAGGUUUGGCCAAUGGGGAGGUGGCUCAUGGCAGGGGGCAGGGAGGCGCGGAGGGAAUGGGUGAA